GAAAAUAUACUUCUUACAAUCUCGAAGCUUCUAUAAGCAGUGCAAAGAGCAGUUACCUGGGAGAAAACGACAGAGGACAGGAGGUAACCUCUACCACUUCGAAAUCAAAGGACGCGCCGAGAUGAAGUUCGCAGUCGCAGCCCUUGCAAUCCUUCUAGCAGUAUCCUGCACAGCAGAGGCCCGCGUGCUGCUGGCAGAGACGCCUGCAGCCGCCCCGGCCGCCGAGGAGUCGGCCGCCGCGCCGGCAGCCGUCGCCACUUCCAUGGCUGUGCCGCAGGCGACCCCCGCGCCUUCCGGAUGUGCACUGUCAUUCGUGCAGGGCAACAGCAGCUACUCCAAGUUUGGCGAGAUCCUCAACGCCGCCCCCUCGACCUCCAACUUCUCCAACGUUCUGUCCGACCAGAUGGCUGGCAUCACCCUCUUCCUGCCAACCAACGACGCAGUCAACGCCACUCUGGAGAAGUUCGGCCUUGACCUGAAGGGCCUCCUGGAGAACAAGGACCUGGUGGACCAGGUCAUCAGCUACCACAUCCUCCCCAGCCCCAUCGAGUACGCUGCCUUCAAGGAGGGUUACUCCUUCAACACCCUUCUCAGGGGAGCCGACCUGCGUGACUCCCUGCACGUCAAGAGGAGCGGCAAUGUCAUCAAGGUUGCAGGCGGCAAGACCACCGCCGUCAUCGGCAUGAACGGCAGCAAAGUGUGCAUGGACAGCAUCUUCCCCAUCAGCAUGCUGCUGCUGCCCAGGAAUUCCAUCCAGACCACCUCAAGCACCGUCUCCAACUGAGCCAGCUUGGAUCCAGCGCAGAAACAAUUGCAAUCACUGCUGUCAAACUGAAGUGGAAUGCUCUAUGGAAAAAAAAAACGAAUUCCCAUUGAGAACAUGAACAAGUAGGAUUGUAGCCUGCAAGCUGCAGGUAAAGAUUUGUGCUUUUGCAGGUAAAUUAGAGUAUGCACCCUUUAUGGGUGCGCAUGUGAGCAGGUUCAGAUAGGCUUGAAUUCAAGUUAGAGGUUUCGCAAUCAUAUUCCCAAGGGAUCCUGCCGUCCUGGCGAGGUUGUUUAUUUAAUGAUGUUGAGGUUGGAUAAGAAUGAUGUAAGCAGACAGAAUGCCA